GAUGGAUACUCGAGGCCUGCUGCUUGUCCCCCUCACCAGCAGGUGGUGCUGUCACUAGAGCACUGACAGGUGCAUGCGAAUUUUGAUCAUUAGACCACAGGGGAUUUGCCGAAAUGGACCAAGAGGAUGACAGUGAAGUUCUGAGAUCAGCAAGGCACCUUUUGUCACUUUUGAGCAAUCAAAGACAAAGAGCUGAAGAGCCUUCUACUAGCCAGGAUAGUAACAGGCAAAGAGUCCAACCUCAUGGACAAUCAUCUCUUCGCACAGAAAUGACCAGGUCUUUUCCUGGAUUGUUCUCAAAUCGCAGAGGCAAACGACGCUUCACAGAAACAUGUCCUGUGCCCAAGAAACAAAAACCAUUUCAGGUCAUGUUUCACCUACUGCCGACCCAAAGUGAAAGAUCACCCAGUGGUCCAGAUCAACUGCUGCAUGCACAGGCAGGAUUAGGACGCAGAACUGCCACCCUGGAUGAAAACAUGACUCAUCAGGAGCUAUGUGAUACUCUUACUGAGCUUUAUCCAAAACUUGGAGGAGUUACUGGAGGCUGGCUCCUUUAUAAAGCAGCAGGAGGGUGGGGAAUUCGAAAACUCACAAUAGUGGCACCUGCAGACUGUGGGUACACAGGCAGACUUGUGAAAGCUACCAAAGUAGGAGAGAACUCAGUCCUCUACAUAGCUCGUCUUCAGGAUGAGUUAGACACUACUCCCUUGCCUCCAUCUUCUGAAAGUUUCCGCAACAUGCCAAAGGCAGUGUGCAAGAAAUGCAACAUAUUAUACCCCCUACAAGUCCUAACUAAUCAUAUUAAGUCUUGUCCUGAUGUUGUUACGUUGGAUGAUGAUGAAGAAAAACAGGAUGAAGCCCAAGAUGAGGAAAGGGAGUACAGUGACAUCAAUGAAGUCAUGAAAAAUGAACAGGCUGUCUGUCCUAUAUGUCAAGAAAAAAUGCCCCAUGACAUCUUGGAGGUUCAUGCCAGUGAAUGUGGGGAAAGAACAAUUGAUAAUACAAUGAAUGAUACUACCGAAUUGACGUUCAUGGACAAUGAAAUGGACAAUGAAAUGAACCACAGCUCUCAAGUGACAUAUAUGAAUGAUGACUGGAAGACCCAUCCAGAUGCAGUAAGGGCUGCAUCUUUGUACACACAAGAAAUUCUCAGUCUCCACGAGACAGGGAAACCUCUUUUAAUGUCUAUGGAUUUAAGAUUGUGUGCUCAAGAUCAGGAGAGGGAACUUAUUAACUUCUACAAGCAACGAAAUGUAGAGUGGGCAUGUCCUGUUAAAUGUAAUCUUCAAGGGGACUCUGCAGUUGGUGAAGGAGUCACCAGACACUUUUUUUCAACAGUUCUUCAAAAACUGAAGUAUGGUUUCAAUUUAAAUUUGGGAAACACGGGUGUAACAUGCCUCUUUGAAGGAGAACCAGACCAUUUGGUGCCUUCUUCAGCACAGCUUCUAAUAGAAAGCGAUCUUUUCUUGGUAGCAGGAAGAAUGCUAGGCCACUCUUUUUGCAUGGUGGCCCGUGUCUUACAGGCCUCAGCAGAGCUUUUGUUCAUGUUCUGUUUCACAGCUCAUCUGAUACAGCCACUUUGCAAUUGGAGGACUGUCCAGAUAUUGAUGUACGAGAGACCAUCAGCUUUGUAUGUAUAUUAUUAUAAACUUGGUCUUGUUUGGAUGAUUUUUUUGUUGUAUUUGGAGUUUGUUUGGUGUGUAUUACUACAAUUAUUGUUGUUCAGCUCAAUGGACAAGUUUCAUUGACCGAGGACCAAUACAGUAAAGUCUUAGAACUAUGUUUGGCUUGGGAUCUUCCUGGUCCGACAGAAGAAAAUAGAAGGUGGCUUUACGAGCGCCUGCUGUCACAUGCGGUUCUUGGGAGAAGAACACGCCAAAUGAAACAAAUCAAGCAGGGACUGAAAGACACCUUUGUUUGGCCCCUACUUACUGACAGGAAGGAUGUAGUGUUAUUCCCCAAGGAAUCUGAGGACCUAUGCACCCCUGAGAUGCUACUUUCAUGUAUUGACUGGCCUAACGAAAGCAAUAAUAAUGAUGAUGAUGACGACGAGUACCCAGCUGCUACUAAGGAAAGGAUUGCUGGAUUUUUAAAGCAGUUCAUCGAGUCAGGAUCCAGCAAAGAUCUUAAAAACCUUUUGCGGUUCUGGGUCGGAUGGGAGCGGAUUGAAAAAAACAUGGCUGUGGAAGUUGUAAAAAGCGAUCUUCCACGAUCCUCCACCUGCUUUUGUAUUCUUCGACUACCAGGCCACAACACAGAGUUCCACUCCUUUUCAAAAGACUUGAUUAUGUGCAUUGGUGUUUGCAAGUAUGGUUUUGGGCUUGUGUAAUUUUUAGAUGCACAGUUUAACAUAACGUCACUGAAAGACUGUAAUCAAUGCUGUUACUGCAUUUAUCUUCUCAGGUUUUUGUUUAAGUACUUUGUUGUAGUAAGUACUUAUGUUUAAUAACAGUGAAAAUCCAGUUUACUAAGGAUUGAAAUGUUAAAAUUAUUGCAAAUUAGGAGUCAAGCAAAUACUUAGAGCAAAAAUAAUUACUUAAAUAUAUGGAAAUAAAAUAAAAAAGUAGGUUACAAAAUACUUGUAUGUUUUCUAAAAUGUACAAAACCCAUACAGUUACUAAGUACUUGAAUGGUGAAAUGUAUCCAAUUAAACGUUGUAGUUAAGCCAUACUGUUUACUUCUUGAAUAAAGUGUGCGCUAUGUGUACAGCACUUAAGAAAAACCAGAAACAAAACAACAGUUAGCAGCUUCCUUGUUCAUAUUAUGAGCCAUGAGGUAUUGAUGUUUCAAUAAUAAUAGUAGAGGUUUGCAUAAAAAAAGUGAUCAGAAUUGUUCCAAAGCUGCUUGGCAAAACUCAAGUGCUGCUAAAUAUAUGUCCCAGCCGAAAGUCUCUGAAUGUCUUUUAGGGUCUACGAUUUUUCUGAGUGCUUGCAUUUGUUCAUCCGUCAGGGGACAUACAGUUGUCGGCACAACAAUAUUAGAGUGUGCAUCAACACUCAGUCGACUGUCCUCCCAAUCAAUGUGCGGUAUGCUCAAUC